AUGAUCCCAACGACGACCAAUGACUUCCUGGUGCGUGACCUGGCGCCCGGCCGAAGUUACGACCUGUGUGUUUUGGCUGUGUUUGAUGAUGUGGUCACCUCGCUUACUGCCACUCGUCCUCUGGGAUGUCUCUCGUUCAACACAGACACCGAGUUCAGCCAGUGCCAGGCCCUCCACAGCCACUUCCUGGGAGGAACUAUGAUAAUUAUCAUCGGUGGAAUCAUUGUCGCUUCUGUUCUGGUUUUUAUUAUCAUCUUAAUGAUUCGUUACAAGGUGUACAGCCAUCAUGGGACGGGCCACGGGAAAGUGGCCAUUUCUGGGGCUGCACCAAGAACACAGAGCAACGGGCAAGGAGGCCAAGUGCAGGUCCUUUCCCAGUCUGCGUCUAAAGUGACUGAUGGUCAAGAAGACCAAGGGUUGGGCCCAUCCCGAGCCGUGUCACCUAGCAACACGCUCAGAGACACUGUGGCUCUAGUGGAGGAGGAAAGCACCAGCCAGAACAUUAUGUCUAGGACUGACUCUUUGGCCAAUGAGGAAGUGCUGUCGCCUACCAAGGCCCGCUUCUCCUCCCGCGUGGCCAUCGAGAUGAAAAGCAGGCCGUCAUCUGUCGCCAAAGAAGCAACCUCCCCCAAGGAACUGGCAGCUGCAGACAACAGACGGCCUCGUAGUGUGGAGUGGAGGGCCUAUAAGAUCUGA